GAUUGCUCGGGCUGCGGAGCGCGCCGCCGGGGCCGCCAGCCGAGGCGUGGUCCAGCCUCCGCGCCGCUGACCGCGCCGUCCCUGGCUCCAGGUUCUGCGGAUCAGGAGCUGGAAGGCAGCACCUUCCCUUCCUCUGAGCCGGGCCUCCUUUUGCUGGAAGGAGCUCGAUAGAACCCUGUUGUUUUGCCUUUUGCUCUGGAGGGAAAGAAGCAGACGAUGAGGAGAAAAUAAUGAAUGUCAAAGGAAAAGUAAUUCUGUUGAUGCUGGUUGUCUCAACUGUGGUUUUUGUGUUUUGGGAAUAUAUCAACAGCUCAGAAGGCUCUUUCUUGUGGAUAUAUCAGUCAAAAAACCCAGAAGUUGGUGACAGCAGCAGUCAGAAGGGCUGGUGGUUUCCAAACUGGUUUGACAAUGGGACCCACAGUUAUCAAGAAGAGGAAGAAGAGGACAUAGAAAAAGGAAGAGAAAAGGAACAAACAAAGGUCAACAACAUCAAAGAGCUUUCACUACAGGACUGGUUUAAUCCAAAGAACCGCCCAGGGGUUGUGACAGUGACCCGUUGGAAUGCUCCAGUUGUGUGGGAAGGCACUUAUAACAGAGCUAUCCUGGAGAAGUAUUAUGCCAAACGGAAAAUCACCGUGGGGUUGACAGUUUUUGCUGUUGGAAGAUACAUUGAGCAUUACUUGGAAGAGUUCUUAACAUCUGCUAAUACAUAUUUUAUGGUUGGCCACAAAGUCAUAUUUUACAUCAUGAUGGAUGAUGUCUCCAGGAUGCCUUCGAUAGAGCUGGAUCCUCUGCGUUCCUUCAAAGUGUUUGAGAUCAAGUCUGAGAAGAGGUGGCAAGACAUCAGCAUGAUGCGCAUGAAGACCAUCGGGGAGCACAUUUUGGCCCACAUCCAGCAUGAAGUUGACUUCCUCUUCUGCAUGGAUGUCGACCAGAUCUUUCAAGACAAUUUUGGCGUGGAAACUCUGGGCCAGUCAGUGGCUCAGUUACAGGCGUGGUGGUAUAAGGCAGAUCCUUAUGAGUUUACCUAUGAGAGGCGGGAAGAGUCUGCAGCAUACAUUCCAUUUGGACAAGGGGAUUUUUAUUAUCAUGCAGCCAUUUUUGGAGGAACACCCAUUCAGGUUCUCAACCUCACCCAGGAGUGCUUUAAGGGAAUCCUCCAGGACAAGGAAAAUGACAUAGAAGCUGAGUGGCAUGAUGAAAGCCACCUAAACAAGUAUUUCUUUCUCAACAAACCUACUAAAAUCUUAUCCCCAGAAUACUGCUGGGAUUAUCAUAUAGGUAUGCCUACAGAUAUUAAAAUUGUCAAGAUAGCUUGGCAAACAAAAGAGUAUAAUUUGGUGAGGAAUAAUGUCUGACUUAUUUUAACUUUUUCUUGUACUGGGUUUGAACUCAGGGCUUUGCACUUGCUAGGCAGGCGCUCUACCACUUGAAUCACGCCUCCAGCCCUAAUUUUAACUUUAAAAAUUACUAACAAAACACCAACAUGGCAAAAACAUAUUAUUCUCCUUGUAACUUUGAGCCUUGUAAUACAUGGGAAUGAAUGUAUGAUAAUCACAUGUAAAUUCCCAGUGAUUUCUUAUCUAUUCUGGGUUUGGAGGAAAUAUAUCAGCCAAACCAAAAAGAACUACUUGCCAUAGGCAAAGAAAAAACUAGAACACUUAACUUGUGUCAGGUGACAGAACUGGAGAAUAGGGUGGUAAGAAAAGUGCUUGGCAACAAGAUAUGGCUGUGGGUGGGGGUUGUCCCCUUGAUGUUGAUGACUUCCCAGUUUUGAUGGACUCAAAGCAACAUAGAGUUGCUUUGUGGUAGGAGAACUCGUAGUAAGGACAUCAUCUACCUUGCCAAUCCCCAGAAGCUUCAAAGCUGAUUAUUUCAAGCCAUUUAGAGUCCGUGUCCUUUUCUUAUCAGGGUGUUGUCUGACUUUUGUGCAAAAGAUGGAGAUUCUCAAUGGAUAUCUUGGUGGUGCAUGUUCAGAGUCCCUGGGAAUCUGGGACCCAGUGGGUGCUCAGCUUGAAAUGAAAACAAAUCCUCAACAUUGAGUUUGCCAUGAAAUAGCAAAGAAAGAGUAAGAAGGGCUGACCACUGUGGGGCUGUGUCACUCUGGAGGGACACAGGGCAUGGAGUUGGUGCUUAAAUUACAUCACAGAUACAAGCAAUGAAUAGGAGGCAAUGUGGGUGGUUUCCAGCCUCCUAAACCCCAUGUCUAAUAGAGCACGGAUUUGAAUGGAAGGUACUUCUUGUUUUGCCCAAGUCAUAUUCAGUCCACCAGACUUGUGUUCAGCACCUUUGUGAGGGGAAGAAGAUGGCGUCAGAGAAGGGAAAGGCCCACUGUGGACUGGAAAGACCUGCAAGGACCUGGGCUUCAUCAGAGGACAAUCUGCCACCAGCUGGUCUCUCCACCUGCACUAAACCUCAGGGUCCUUCAGCCCAUCAUGUCCCAAUUGAAAGGCUGACAUCAAGGAGUAGACUGGAGAAAAUGCCUUCUCAUCAAGUGACCUGUUUUCUCCUGCUCCAUAUACACUAACAGGAAUGUAACAACCAGAUGUAUUUGAAAAACAGUUAAUUGAUUUUAUAACAAAAACAUGACAAGAUAGCAAUGAGAGAUCCAGUCAUCAUGACUGAGCAACUAAGCAUUCAGUUCCCUUCUCUAAGAGAAGCAGUGACAGCCUAUAUAUUAUAAGAUAAGCAAAUCAAUGUAAAGUAAGUUGGUAGGCAGCAUUUACACUAGGCGCAUAUAUUUAUAUUUUGCUUGUGUUCCAGUUUAGGUCAUUUGUUUUCAUUUUCAAGCAAUUUAUUUGAUGAGCCAUUGCACUGGCUUGAUAUAUAGUGCAAAAGGCUUGAUAAAAAUGAAACAUGCAUUUUCUGUACCAUUUCACUGUGCCUCCUACUCUUCAAUUGUUGCCAAAUAAAUAAAUAAAUAAAAUCACAUCUCCAACAAAAAACAACAACCAUGAAUUAGUGGGCUUAAAGAAAAUGGAGACCACACAUCAGUUUAGAAUCCUGCUUUUCUGUUAUUCAGGUUGUUUUGGAUCUAGUCUAGAGUAGAGACUUCAUAGUUCAAGUCCUGAACAAAACAAAUGACCUAUCUUGGAAGUUUAGAGAACAGGCUGAAGGAAUUUUGAGAGAAUUUCUUGAUUUUUAAAAAUUCAUUUAAAUUUAAGUAAUCAAUGAGCAAAUU